UAUGAGGCGUGGAAAGUUCGAGAACUCAAACGGAUCAAAAGAGAUAGAGAGGAAAGAGAACAGUAAGAUAAAUCUAUCUACUAAUAACUUAAAUGAAUCAAAAGGAAUGGCAAAAGAAACAUCAACUUUUAAUUAUUUUGCGAUGGUAAUUUAUAAACUCAGUUGAUAAACUUAUUUGCGUGUCAAUGUAUUUAGUACGAAAGUACUAAUUCGGACACUAUAAUACGUGUCCAACUGAAGACGGGACCGCCAUUUUAUGUGGUCAUCUGAGCCACGCGAAGUUCUUGCUGUUUGCAGGGCAAAGGCAGUAGAAAGGUUAAGCAUCACGUUUACGGCAAACGCGAAAUUGCACCACGUGACCAAGUUUCCUCUUUACUUGUCGUUUACUGUUCAUUAUUUCUACACAUAAAUUAGUUAUUUCACGUAAUUUUUCUUCCAUAAGAAUUGUUUUGACCUGUUUUUAUCUGCUCAUUUUCUAUUUUGAGAAAUUCUCAACUUGAAUCUGACGUUUGCCUUUUGCUAUGCACGUGAAGCUUAAACUCUCUAGUACUUUCAUUUCUCAGUUAUUUUAAGACCCUGAGUAUUGGUCCGGCCCUGGGAAUUGAACCCGCGACCUUCCGACUGGAGCAGAAGCUAAUCUUGCCGCAGUUAAUUUCAACUCAACUCUGCUUGCAACCUUUUCAGUUUGUUAAUUCUUCCUCUUUCUUACGUUUAGAAUGGAGAAAGAAAGACAGGAAGUCGAACGUCUUCAUGAUCUUACUGAAGAUCAGUGGAGAAGUGAAGUUAGGAACAAUCCGAAAGUUGUCACCAACAAAGCUGUUAAAGGAAAAUACGGCUUUUUACAGAAAUACUAUCAUCGUGGCGCCUUCUUUUUGGUAAGUUGAUUUCCCGUUUCACUGCACACAGCUACAAUUCCGGACAAAAGUUCUUGGAACAGUGAAUUUUCUGUACAGUAAGGGUUCCCUCAUAAAGCAGUGUGGCCUUUUCAAAAAUAUCUCGCCGUUCUCCCUCCCCACACCCUAUACAAUGUUGAAACACGAGAAAGUUUUGGAUAUACGCGUCCACGUUUUUUGUGGGGUGGGGGAGGGGUUAGGUAUGUAUGAUUUGAAAAAAAGCCCCACAGAUAGAAAUUUUUCCCACAUGUAAGUCUGGCUCGCUUUGUAAAGAUCGCGGCAUGUUAAUUAAAAGCAACAAAAAUCGACUUCGCGAUAACAUUACAUCCAAGCCAGCCGCCCGGUUAGCUUGAAUACCGGUGUCAAAAUGGUGUAAAUAUGCAGUAGAACUUCUCCACAAUGACCACCCUGGAGGCAGAAGAGAAUGGCCUUUGAAGACAGGUGGCCUUUAGUGGCGGUUCGACUGUACCGGAAUAAACGUCAUCUCAGCAAAGGUAGCCAUGUUCCGGCUCGUUUCACCAGCACCUUAGUUGGAUAGGUUACUUUUCCUGUAGUUUCUUGGCUAAUCAUCCUCUAGAGGUUAAAAUUUUCAAUACGUCUCUGAAAACAAAGCUUCGAUUUUACUUUCAACUCACGCUCGACCCCUUUGUGCCUUGCCGACAGGUGUAUCAUUUGCCUGAUAUAAUAUCCACCCACUAGCCACCUCCACUUCGGUGAAUAAUUGUUCGAUUUCUGUUGUGUUUUUGGGAAUCCGCAAAGCUUGGUCUAGUAACUUUGAGGAUCAUAUCCACCUUUACCUUUAGUCUACAGUUCAUGUGUGUGUUUUACUUCAUGUUUCCACCGUGGAUAAUGAAUAAUUGUUGUUUAUCCUCUUGAAACGACCAACUUAUGAAAAGAUGUGGAGGCCCACUGAUUGUUGCAAACCGUGCUCUAAGAGCGCACACCAUAAGUUGCUUAAAUGGCCAUAAGAAUGUUUGGGUGAAAAGUUAUUAAAAUUAGUAUUUGUCACAGCCUCGUACUGUGAUCUGAGAAAUUUGUGCUGGUUCUAUAUGUUAACAUAUAUAUUUUUUCUUGCUUCACAGGACCAAGAGGACGACGUCUACAAACGAGACUUUGCAAAACCUACACUCGAAGAUCACUUUGAUAAAACAGUUAUCCCAAAAGUUAUGCAGGUCAGUGCGUGUAAUUCAGUAAAACAGCACAAAUAUAUCCUUUCUUUCUCCCUCUAUUAUUUCUAAGACGGCUGUAAGACAGUUAUCGUUUCCAUGGGAAGAAGGAACCAAAGAUAAAAACGAAAAGAAACAAACUUUUUCUUAGCUGUGGAACUCAAUCGAGAAGUUUGCAACAGGUCAUUUAUAUGGCGCUAGGCUCGAUUAUUUAUGAAGCCGCUGUUUGGGAAAUCAGCCCGGACAAGACUGGACCAGGGAGUGCGGCGGAAAUCGAUGCUAAUAUGGAGGUUUCUUUUACUCUAAAAUUUUCUCGUUUGAUUUCCUUACUUUUUUUCCAAACGUGUGAAGGUGUGACGUACUUCCUUGUUUCCCCCAGGUGAAAAACUUUGGCCGGUCAGGUAGGACAAAAUAUACCCACUUGGUGGAUCAAGACACAACACAGGUAAGUAAUUUGGAACGAUGCCCGUUCUGCUUAAACUGCUUACAUUCAUUAUAGUACAGUCUUAUCAAUAUCUUUCAGUUUUGGAAAACUGGUCUUUGUUGAGAUUUAUGAACCCUUAAUCCGUAAGGCUGUAGCCUUUGAACAACUGAAGGAACUUUUAUCCCUCUUGUGUCCCAUCCACGCCACAGCUAAACCUGUUUUAAAAAAGCUGUUAACACAAGUUAAUGCAGUUUCUUACAAGUUGCUCACCGCUAGUUAACACUAUAAUAGCAAAGGGUUCAGAGGUUUACUUGCAUCGUAUCAAAAAUCGUUCUUUCAGUAUCCUCUCAGUCGUUUUAAUUUGUUAAAAACUGGGCCUAUUCUCUUGAAAUUGUUUUUUUUUUCUUCCAAUACAACUUUAUUGAACACACACACGUACAGUUAACAUUCACAAAAGACAAUCUGCAUCAAAACGAAAACUACAACUUGAAGCUGACAAAAAAGAAACCUAACACAAUAAAAACAUUAGUGAUAACUAAAUGGGAGCGCAAUCAGUAAAGUAAACAGAAUUUCACCCCGUAUUUAAAAGAGACGAAAAAACAGACCAUUUUGUUCUGAAAUCUUUUUCGCGAACAGUCGUACAAGAAAUCUAUUUUUCUAGACUAAUUUUAUCACGAGCUAAGGAAACAAAUUCAUUAAAGAUGUAAAAUUUACCGUUAAGAGCUUUUACGUAAAGAAAAUACUUUCCUAUAAUGACUAAAUGAAAAAAAAAAAUUGGUAUCGCGCGCGACGAUCGCUACGUUGAGAAUCGUGUCACCUUUUAGUAGCUGCGUUUGCUGGUCAAGUUUGUCUAGCCGUUCGUUUGAAAAUAAAUACAUAAGAUUGGGAAAGCUAAUUAAAUAUACACCAAAUACCAAUGUCGGACGAAACGGCUUCGGGUGAAUCGGCUUUCUGGCGAACUAAUGAAAACCAAAUUAGCAGAGUUGCCACAUAUGCUCUCUACGUUUUGUAUUAAUAAAUUUCGUGUCCUCCUUUAGAUGGAUUCACCCUGGACGCAGGAUAACACUCUGGCUAUGAAGUUCCACACUGUUCGCGCUGGUGGAAGCAAACAAACGUUCCAGAGACCAAGCAAACGGAGAAAGUAG